AUGCCAGCUCGAUACAGUUGUAUGAAGUGCCAGACCGACAGUCACAGUUACCAGUACUGCCCUGAAGUCACAUGCCUCGAGUGUCACGAUCAAGGUCACCGUCACUAUGUCUGUCCGAAGAUGAACAGUCAAGAGAAGCAGAACCUGGGCCCCUGUUACAACUGUCAAGUCAUGGGUCAUUUCGCUGCAGAUUGCCCAGAACCCAGUCGAAAGAAGACACCCCAGCGCCCCUGUUACAACUGUCAAGUCAUGGGUCAUUUCGCUGCAGAUUGUCCAGAGCCCAGUCGAAAGAAAACGUCAGCAACACCGUCCACGUCGACAUCCGUGACACCCGUGACACCCGUGACACAAGUGCUUCAUCUCAUAGAAGACAUGCACGCCGAUGUCCUCGACCUAAAAGAAUGA